CUCAGAGUUCAUCUCAUAUAGUAUAUCAUCGACUCUUCCAACAUGCCGAGUAAUCCAAUGCCCGAGGGAACAAAGGAUCCGUCAAGCAGGAGUGAGGCCAAGCAGCAGAUGAAGCAAGAGGAGAAGGAAGCGAGGAAGGAGCAUUCGAAAAGUGGUGCCAACACAGGCGAGAAACAGGGCAUGGACUACGUGCCUCGCAAGACACACGCUGCAGAUGUGCCCCAUAACAACUAAAGAGGGAUGGAUAGGGGGGCCUUGCUUUUGAUUUACUGUGUAUGGGUA